AUGUCGCUUAUCAGCCACUUAUCAAAUCUGUCACUUAACGAAACCGAAGAAUUACAAAAAUCCGUGUUUGACACUGAUUUCCACAUGGCCAUCGUGUUCACGUUCUUGACCUUGCUACCCAACGGAUUUCUGCUAAUUUUCUUUAUGUGCCACCGGCAUCUCAUUACGCCUUUUUCCGUCUACGUUAUCUCGCUUCUCACCGCUAAUGUCGUAUCCAAUAACGUCUGCCUGCUUCCUUAUUCCAUCAUUGCAAAGAUCACCGGCUUAGAAUAUGGAACAACUGCCAUUACACUGUGUCUUCUUUUCCAAUACGGUGACUGGGUCAUCAUGGGCGUCACUAUGUACUGCCACGUCAUGAUCACCAUGAACCGCCUGUGGGCUGUGUAUUAUCCGGUCUAUUAUCGCCAACGACACAAUACAAAGGUCGCUGUGGCAAUUUGCUCGUCAACCUGGAUUGUCAUCCACUUACUGACGCUUCCGAUGAUGUUAAAAACCGUUCUCGUUAAAAUGCCGCUAUUGCACUCGUGCCCCUACGAUGAAGGACGGGAUUCGGUGUAUAUGGACAUUGUAGGACUCGUGAUCUACGCUUUCCCUAUAUCUUUUGUGGCCGGCGCGUAUCCGUUCAUCUUCUGGAAAACGUUUCAGACACAACGGCGCCCUUCAGUGGCUUCAGAGACCAUUACCGAGGGGAUUUCGCGUGCAUUGUCAGUUAGCUCUGGCCAAUCACGAAUUCGGACCCGCUCGUUUAUGGCGUUGACCUUUAUGACGGUCAGUGUGGUCUGCUGCUACCUGCCGACGAAUCUUCCGUUUAUUAUUCGACGUUUCCGGGAUUUUGAAGAAUCUGUUGUACUGGGCAUCUUCAAACAGUAUGCGUACUAUGUCCAGGCAGUUGUUGAUCCGUUGGUGUUUGGAUUAUGUAUACGGGACAUUCGCCAAGAGUUAGUUAGAUUUUUCGUACAAACACUCUCAGCUGUUGCGCAGAGAAUGCGUUUACCGCUGAAGUCCGUAUGA